UAUUAAAGGAAUAUACAUAAUAAUAAUAAUAAUAAUAAUAAUAAUAAUAAUAAUAAUAAUGAUGGAGCAAGUAAUACCAAUGAGUUGGUUGAAUAAAAUUUUCCUGAUUUUAAGUUUGGGAUGUGCAAUAUUUUGUCUGAUAAUAGAACAAUGGCUCACUGUAACAUCAUUAUCUAUUUAUAUUUUAUUGAUAUGGUGUAUAAUUGUCAUAAUAAUAUCAACUUGGUUGAGCUGCUAUAUUUUAAAAAUAACAUUAAAAGCUGUCUCACCAUUUAAUAUCAAACCAGUAGAUAAUGUUAUUAAAAAUAUGUUAAAUAUUAAGCCAGAGACUAAUAAUGAUACAGUGAUAUCUCCUAAAAAUUUACUUAUAAAUAACAAAGAAUUAUCGAAUGCGACUGAAGAGAAAAAGCUGGAUGGUAACAACGAAAAGGAGACUAAAAUUAAAGCAUCUGGCAAGAGAGAGGAUAUUGAUAAAAUAAUAAAUGAAAUUAACGAUAAGUUUAUUGAUAACUGGUACUCAAUUAUAAGCGAUGAUAAAACAUUUGAUGAGGAAUCCAAAGAAAUUCUCAAGACAAUUUUUGAAAAAAUUUACAGUAAAAUAUUAUUGAUAAAUAAAAUAAAAUUAUCUCAUAAAUUUGCAGAUAUAUUGUUAUUACAUUUGAAAGAAUACAGACGUGCUUUACGCCGCGUUGAAAAAGGUAAAGCUAAAAAUAUUGAAGAGGCUUAUAGGUGUAUACAUCCAGGUUCUCGUAGUAACUCAACAUUAGAACAUACUCUACAUAGUAUUAUAACAAUAAUAGUUCGUGAAUUUCUUCAGUUGGAAUUAACAAGUUCACUACCAUGUAAAUUAUUAUUAUCAAUACUUGCCAAAAAGUUGUCUCUAAUACUUGAUCAAGUAUCUUUACCUCAAUGGAUUUUUGUCACAAUAAUUAAUUAUAUACAAUUAAGUGAAGAUCCAAUAUCAUGUAAAGAUAAAGAUGAUGGUGUGAUAUCCCAAAGUUUAAAUACAGGUUCAACUUCAGCGACAGCUGUAGUGAUAAAAAGACAGUUGCCAAAGACAGUAUUAAGUAAUGAUAAUAAUCCAGUUAUUGAAAUAACAUCACCAAAAAUAGUUACAUCUUGUAAGAAAACAGAUCGGAUAUCUCUGUGUCUUGACGGUCUUUCGACAAUUGGACACAAAGGAUUGUGGAAUGACUUGAAUGAUGUACAAAUUAAUUAUGAAAAUUCUGAUAAAUAUGAUGAUGAUCACAUUUCGCCAGUUUAUGAAGAGCCUACAGACUUUGCAACGACAAUAGCACGUUUGAGAAAUUUACUUCAGCAGAAAUCUACAGCCAACUCUCCGUUACCUGUUGAAGAAAAAACUUUUACGUAUGACUGUAAUCAGUUUUUCAAUUUAGUAAUUCCAUGGACUGAGUUUCACACAUCAACUGAUGGAUCGCAACAAUUACUUUAUUGUAUUCAGUUUGACGAUGUUGAACAACAUGGCGAGGACAUGUUUGAAACGACAACGGCUACUGUAAGACGACAGUAUGCUGAUUUCGUUCAAUUGCACAAAAGCUUAGAAGAAUUACCAAAUUAUUCGGCCGUCAUGGCAGAGAUACGUUUACCAGAUGGCGGUCGCUUGGAGAUGGAGAAUUAUUUAAAGACACUGUGUUUAAAAUUGUCACCUGAUACACCAACGCAGUUGAGACAUUUUUUAAGGCCAAAUAACGGUGGUAGCAAAAAAGCAGACGCAGUGGCUCCAAGAUUUGAUAGAUUUUUAGCUAAAACCGUAACUGGAGUUUUUAAUACUCUAAGAACUGUAGUGCCAGGUUUCGAAAUGGACCAAGAAGAUGACGGUGUCCCGAUGCCAACACUAAUGCCUUUAUCUGACAUUCCAUGGAGAUUCGUUGAAGAUAUUAAAUCUAAGAAUAUCGCUAAUGAGUUAGAAAUUUUAUUAGCCGAUAGAGUAGACUUUUGUUCUGUUGAUACUGCAUACGAAGCUGUUGAAUCUGUUGAAGGUGAUUGUGACUCAGAACUUCUUUCACACUGGUUAAAAAUAGUCAACACACCUUAUGAUGAAGAGCUUGAAGAAUUAGAUAGUAAAUUAAUCAUGACUUGUAUAUGUAUUGAUUUAGUUUGCGAAAUUUUAGCUGGUAUUGAAAGUAGUAAUACCUUAAGACAAGAAGCUGUUGUUAGAUGGACAAAAUUACUUUUUGGUAAUAUUACUGAGCCAUUAAUUAAUAAAUUUAUUUUAAAUUUUUAUAGUUAUAUUGAUUUAAUGUCAAUAUUUUCGAAUCAACAAGAUGAUACUUACAAUGAACCUAUUGAUAGUAUUGAAAACAAAUUGUUUGUUAUAUUGUCGGCUAAAGUAACGAGAGAACUUAAGUUUAUUUUUGGUGAGGAUGAUUUUAAUAAAAUUAUUAAAUUUAUAUUACAAUCUUUAAAAUGUAAAAAAGUUAAUCUCGAUUUAUUGCUACAAUUUGUUGAUAUUUUAGCAUCUGAAUUAUUGAUGGUAUCUAAAUCUAAUAAUUUAACGACAUAAAUAAUUUUAAACAAAGCAUUUAUUUUUUUACGUUCUACUUAAAAAAAAAAAAAAAAAAAAAAAAAAUAUCAGUAUGGAAUAAAAAUGUCUAAGUACCUGAUUGCACUGUCAAGAGAAAAUGGAGCGACUAUAAUUAUCAUUACAAUAUCUUAGAAUAAGUGAUUAUUAUAAUCUUGUAUUAUUUUUAAUUUAAUCCAAAAAUUUAUUUCCAUUUUCUCUCAAGUCAUAUAUUAAAGAACAAUUAUGUUACCACUUUGUAUUUUUUAGCUAACUUUUUUUUAUAAUGUUAUUGAAAAUAAAUAUAUUUUAAUUCUCACAAGAAAUCUCAUUACUAGCUGUUGUAUAAAAAAAGUGUAAUUUAUAUUUUUUUUUGUUUUUACAUAAGUCUCAUAUCGUUUUAAAUUACAAUAAAUCAGAUAUGAAGCUGAUAAUAUGAAAAAAAAGAAUACAUUACAAUAUGAGAUACAAAGAAAAUGAUCUAUUGAUUAUUAUAUAUUUAUUGCUUGAAAUAUUUUCACUUCUCUAGUCCUUGGAAUUGUUAUCAAUUUGAUUUUUUUGCUUUUCAAGUUGUGCCCUUUAGAGAAAAGAAAAAACAUAAUUGAUUAUUAUUUUUGGUAAAUUUUCAAAUGUUGAGAUUUCUGAGACUCAAAGCAAACAUCACUCAAAUUAAAUAGUUACAAUAUUCUUUGUAUUUUUUACACAAAUAUUUUUAUUGUUUAGAAAAAAACGACGCAUUGUGCCAUUAACUAUUUAUGUAAGACAAAAAUAAAAAUAUUAAUGAA